UUAUAUAAUUUAUUUAAUUACUUGUUAGAUACUUAGAUUUAUGAUUAAUUGUUGUUUCUAAGUUCUAAUUAAUUUUUGUGCAUAUGCAUUAUAAUAGUGUAACACUGUGAAUCUGUGAGACCGUGAUACACUGAUACUUGGGAGUUGGGAUUUAGAAUUUAGAAUUUGACCAUUUAACCCUUCAACAUGGCACCCAAAAAAAGGAAGAAGAAGAUAUUUGUUGGAAAUAUGGCACUAGGGUUGAUGGAAACCAACUCCAUACAAAAUGCAACUUUUGUGGGCAAGUUAUGAAAGGUGGUGGUGUGACCCGUUUGAAACAUCACUUAGUAAGAGGAUAACCUAAUGUUGUUAGUUGCCCUAAAUGCCCAUAAUAAAUUUCUAAAGCGAUGCAGAAACAUCUCAAAGAACAAGAAAUGUUGAGAAAUCAACGAGAAAAUGAUAAAAAAAAUGAUUAGAAGAACAUUGGAGCCUAGAGAUGAUGAUGAAAGAGAGGAGGACAUAGAAUCAAUACCUCAAUAUUUUAACAUCGAUGAUGAUGAUGAUGAUGAUGCAGAGCAAAGAACAUAUAACAUGGGAAGACAUGCAUCAUGAGCUACACAAUGGGAAGAGGAGCAACUACAACGAUUUCAAAGAAGUAGGUUUGUAUUUGUAGAUUAAGAGUAUUAGGGAGUGGUGGUUCAUCACAAGUAUCAUGGUCAAGGAGUAAAAGUAAAUUGUUUUGUACACCGAUUAUGAAAGGAGCGUUUUCAAAGCUAAAUCCUUUUAAAAAAUCUUCAUCAAGUAGGGACACUCUUAAUAUUGAAGAGAUUGAUAGAUAUUUAUUCAGGGCCCACAAGAUUUGCCACUCAUUACAUUGCACUACAAAGUCUUAUUUCUCAAAAAGCAGCAUUGAGAGUCAUGAUUGAUUCAGAUGAUUGGAGAUCGUUGCAACAAAGUAAAACAUCAAUUGGGUAAGAAGUUGAGAAAAUAAUCAGUGAUUUCAAUUUUUGGAGAAUGGCUUCUCUAUAUUGUAAUAUGAUUGAGUCCAUCGUUAAAGUGUUUCAUAUAGUUUAUGGUGAAAAUGGGCAACAAUGGGAAUUAUAUAUGAAGCAAUGCGAAGAGUUGUUUUAGAAAUCAAAAAAGCUGGCCCAAAUUCCCAUAAAAAGAUCAUAAACAUCAUAGAGAAGAGAUAGGAUUCACAAUUCGUCCAUCAUAUUCACAAAGCAGUGUUGAAGAUUUAUUAAGUUCUUUGAAAAAGGUGGUUGCAAAGUUGGAGCCUAAUGAAGAUAAUGCUACCAUUGCAAUCCGAGAGGUCAAAUUAUUCCAUGAGGCAUUGGGAGGAUUUGGAGAUAGUUUGGCACAGAGAGCAAGAGAUAAAACUAACCCAGGUUGAGAAUAAACUCCAUCACUUUGUUACCAUUCACCAAUUUAAUGAAAGCAUGAAUAUAAUGAAAGUGAUCAAGCAUCUUUGCUUCAAUUAUAAGCCCUUCUGGUGUACCCCCUGUAUUCUCCGACUGCCAUUUCUCUGGGGUCUCAGCUUCUCUCUCUCUCUCUAGUCUUUACCCAGUUCCUUCUAUUGACAAACGUUGGUGGAAUGGGGAGAAAGCCUUGUUGCGAGAAGAUUGGAUUGAAGAGGGGUCCAUGGACAAUCGAGGAAGAUCAUAAGCUCAUGAACUUCAUCCUCAACAAUGGCAUACAAUGCUGGCGUCUUGUUCCCAAGCUUGCAGGUCUCAUGAGGUGUGGGAAGAGCUGCAGAUUAAGAUGGAUCAAUUAUCUGAGGCCCGACCUCAAGAGAGGAGCGUUGUCGGAGGUGGAAGAGGAUCAGAUAAUCCAACUCCAUUCUCGUCUCGGUAACAGGUGGUCUAAGAUUGCAGCCCAUUUUCCUGGUCGCACAGAUAACGAAAUCAAGAACCAUUGGAAUACGCGAAUUAAGAAGAGGUUAAAGAUCAUGGGUUUAGACCCUGUAACCCACAAGCCAAUUGAGCAACGCGAAAAAUGCAACUCUGAAGCUGAACAACUUUCACGGUUUCAUUCCCAAAGAGAGCAACAGAAAGAUUUAAAGAUUGAGCCGUUGGACACUCCAGGACUAGAGGACGCUCCAUUGCCUCAGAUGGAAGGAGAAGACAGUUUUCAACCAGGUUCAGAUGAAACGAUCAAUGUUUUGCAUGGUUAUGAGAUGUUGUGGGAAGACUUGGACAUGGGAAUGAUGAUCAAUCCAGAAAACAAUCCCACAAAUAGUUACAGUUCUUCGUUUUCUUUGGAAGAUUCUUUCAGCCGAUCAACUGGUGAAUCCUCAUCUCUGCAAGAAGACUCUGGGCAAUGUUGGAUCAAUAAUGUAAAUUAUUCAAUCCCUCAAUGGGAUUUGUUCCAUAACGUAGACGAUAUCUUCCUUUUGAAAAAUAACCAAUAAAUGUCUGUUCUCUAUUCCCUAAGGCCCUGUGCUCCCAGGUAUGAGUGAUCUCAAGGAAGGAAGAAAAAAAGAACAAAGCACAAUAUAGUUAUUGAAUAUCUACUUGUGACAAUUGGGAUUCAUGUCAUCUCAUCUCCCUCUGAGUUUCAGAACCCAAAUACUCUAUUUCCUAAUUCACCCAUCUCCUUCCCUUAGGUUCGUUCAGUUAAUUUCCAUUGUUUUAGUCCCCAAACUUGUAUUUCUUAUUAUGGGUGUUCUUUCUUUUAGUUCCAUUUGAUUACUUCAAACAGUAAAGAUCAAAUUUGGGCGACAAAUGAAUCAGUAACUGUAUAUCAUUACAGCCUGAAAAGAUUAAUCUGAUAGGGGUGGAGGAGUGGGUUUGACUCCUAGGAUUGGACUCACUGUACAUUUUUAUCUUCUUGUAUCUUUUCUGUAAGUAUGUUUUCAUAUGUAAAACGUUUGUAUGAAGGCUUGUCCUCUAAUCAAUGGAAUCUCAAUUAUUUCU